UGGGUCUCGUUUUUCGGUUUUUGUACGUUGGAGUAGAUUGUAUGGAGAUUUUAUGUAUUAUUUAGAACAGUAAAAUUAGAGAUUAUCUGGAUUAUGUAACGUUUCGCAGGUGUUUUGCACAGGACGGUAGUGUUUCCUGAAAAUUGUCAUAAAUAUUUACAAUCGCUUCGGCAGUCGCCAAUUUCUUUUGCUUGCUAUCUAGCACGUUUUGGGCCUAUUCGUCACAAUUUGAGAUCUGAAAGCAGUUCAGCCUUUAGCGGACACAUUUUUACUGUCCCAACUCGAGGACGUCGCUUCGGUAGUCCAGUUACUCCAAUUUGGCACCUAUUUUUGCUUGAUUUCUGUCGAUAUUCGGUAUCUUACGAAAAAUGCCUCUGGAUAGAAACGGAUCUGCGGCGACGGAGAACGGUGUUUACCAGAACGGUCAUACCGUUCACGAGAAUGGUCAUACCACACACUCGAACACGCAAGAUUUUCGCUUCCAUUCCCUUGGUGAACGUGGCAUAAAAUCAGUGGGCAGUCUUUUGGAACAGAGCCUCAUUAUCGUCUCUAACCGACUGCCUGUUAGUGUGAAGAAAGCCGAAAGCGGUAAAUUGGACAUUUACCCGAGUGUGGGCGGCCUGGCCACGGGAUUAUCGUCCUACACGAAAAAUGCCGAAAACAAAUGGAUUGGCUGGCCGGGCAUUCCCAGUAAUGAUCUGUCGGAGGAAGAGAGACGCCACAUCAGCGAUGAACUGCAGAAAUACAACUGCUAUCCGGUGUUCCUAUCCCAAGAUCAGCUGAACGACUUCUACAAUGGAUACAGUAACAGUAUUUUAUGGCCACUAUUCCACGAUCUGCCGGUCACCCAGGAGGCGGAUGAUCUGCGGGAUCGCUACUGGAAUGCCUACCAGCAGGUCAAUCAUCUGUUUCUCGAGGUGAUCCUGGCGCUGUCGGGAACCGAUAGCUCCGUAUGGGUCCAUGAUUACCAGCUGAUGAUGUUGCCGGCCAUGCUGCGCAGCGCGCGGCCGCUGGAGAAUAUUGGGUUCUUCCUGCAUAUUCCCUUUCCGGCGGCGGAGAACUUUGCGACCAAUUUGAAAUGGGGCAGUGAUCUGGUGGCGGGUUUGUUGGGCGCUGACUUGGUCGGGUUUCAUGUGCAGUCAUACCUGACCAAUUUCCUGGAUGUGGUGGAGCAAUACGGCAUGGGCAGUGUGGAUCGGGAGAAUACGCGGAUCAAUCUGGUGGAUCGGAUGGUGCAGGUGGCGGAUUUUCCCAUCGGUAUCGAUUACAAGCGCUACUUUCAGGCCUCCAAGGACCCGGCGGUGCAACAUGAACUGUUUAAGUUGCGCAACAAAUAUCAAGGCCGAAAGGUUAUACUGACCGUCGAUCGGCUGGAUCCGUCCAAAGGUCUAGUGGAACGGGCCGCGGCUUACCAGACCUUACUGAAGGACAACCCAUCGUUUCGCGGAAAGAUUGUCCUGGUGAUGCUGGUUGUUCCAUCCCGCACGGAAAUCGAAGCCUACAAGAAUCUGAAAAUCCGCUUAGAAGCCCUCGUAGGGGAGAUCAACAGAGAAUAUGGCACCAAGAACUGGAUUCCAGUCCAUUACAUGUAUAAAUCUCUGCCCUUCGAGCGCCUGAACGCGUUGUACCAGUUAGCCGAUGUUGCGUUCAUUGUUCCGUUGCGGGAUGGCAUGAAUCUCGUAGCCAAAGAGUAUCUCGCCAGUAAACCAAAUAAAGACGGUGUGCUGGUUCUGAGUAAGACGGCGGGUGCCGCCGAGGAGCUCAGCGAUGCGGUGAUCGUCGAUCCGGCCCGUUCGGAAACCCUGGUUAACGGACUGGUCAAGGCGUUGCGUAUGCCGCCACAGGAAUUCCGUCGUCGAGCCGAUAGUAUGCGGAAGCAGAUUGAGUCAUCCGACAUCCAUAAUUGGGCGACGAAUUUCAUCAGUGCACUGAAUUUAGCCAGUGAUUCCCCUGAGAACGGCUCACCCACCGUGGGACUGACGAAGCGACAAGCGGCUAAACUCCGAAGCCGUUUCGAGUCCGCCAAGAGUCAGUUGGUGUUUUUGGAUUAUGAUUGUGUCAUUUCUCCGUUGAUACAAAUCCAAGAUGCUGAGUCAAUUGAUAAGUUUGUUGCGGAAUUAAAUUCCUUAUUGAAAGAAUUGUCAGUCAGCACGGAUGUGGUGGUGGUAACGGGACAAACACAGAGCACACUGGAGGAGAAAUUCGGCAAUUUGGAUGUAACACUGGUAGCGGAGCACGGGAUUUUUGAGCGUUUGCCCGGAAAAAAGAAAUGGCGCAGCUUCCGCAGUGCCGACUGGCAACCGAAAAUCCUGGUGCAUCUGAAUAAAUUUGCCGAGUUGACUCCCGGCAGCGAAGUGGAGACGAAGGAUUGUUCGCUGGUGUGGCAUUAUGAGAACGCAUCGGCGUACGAUGCCCAGAAACACUUGCUGGAAAUAAAACGCGUUAUUACUCCGCUGGCCAACGUGUGGAAGCUCGAUCUCAUCCAGGGGAAUAUGACACUGGAAAUCCGGCCAAAAGGACGGUGUAAGGGAUCCACGGCCAAGGAGCUUGUCGGGCGUAAUUCCUAUGAUUUUGUCUUGGUGGUCGGGGAUGAUCAAGAGGAUGAAAGUCUGUUUGCCGAUUGGCCGGAUGAGGCGUACACUGUGAAGGUCGGACAUGGACGGACGGGAGCGCGGUUGAGAGUGUUCCGACCGGAAGAAGUGCUAAGUCUAUUGAGGAAAUUUAUCAGCAGCGGCAAUAUAUUCGCCGUUUCUGCAUAGUGGACGAUCUGUUGUUAUGUUUCUCAUGUGUCCGUACUCUGAGAUGCGUGCUGCGUGGUGGUAUUGUUGUAAUAACUGGGUUCAUUUGCUGGUGAUAAGCUAAGUAUAUUGUUUUUCAAUUCUAUUGGGACGCACUGCAUUGCUGUAUUAUGUAGCCUGUAUUAUAUUGUGUUAUCGAAAUUGUAUUUUCGCUGUACUAUAUUGGCUUGGCUUUGUUUUUAUCACUGUUAAAGAAGUUACUUUUUUUUGCAAGCUGCUUUCUUUCGUCUGUGACUGCACUUAAGUAUAUAAAUAUCGGAAGCAGUGUG